AAACCAUGCUACUACCGUGCAUUGCCAGCCGAGCGCUUUGCAGCUCCAGUCCCAGGCUGGCGGCGCAUGAAAAAACGGAAGUGCUUUGAUGUUUCGCGGAAGCGGAAGCGCGACCUUGAAGAAUUAUGGCGGCGCUGGUGAGAAUCGUGAAGCAUCGAGCCAGAGUACCUCAAUGGAUUGCAUUAUGCAGUGGAUUGAUACAAACAACAUUAGCUCAAGCACAGUAUGGCAGGAUGCUACAUGGUGCUCUCCAGAGGCACAAGAAUGGCCGGUCGCAACUAACCAAAGUUUGCUGUGGAUUAAUACAAACCAUUGGUACAGCCAAACAGCCAAACAGAAUACUUCAUCACACAAAAAAGCUUCUUUCAGCCAAAGAUUCUCCUCAGCCAUCUGAAGAGAAAGUGGGUGCUUUCACAAGGAUAAUAGAAGCAAUGGGUUUCACAGGACCACUAAAAUAUAACAAAUGGAAAAUUAAAAUAGCAGCACUGCGCAUGUACACAUGCUGUGUGGAGAAAACAGACUAUGAAGAAUUCUUUAACAAAUUUCAGAUGCCUGAUACAUUGAAUUCCUGGUUUUUAGUUGCACAGCUUCAUGUCUGGAUGUGUUUAGUACGAAUGAAGCAAGAGGGUCGAGCGGGAAAGUAUAUGUGUCGCUUUAUAGUUCAUUCUAUGUGGGAAGAUGUUGAACAACGUGGCAAGGUCAUGGGAAUUGAUUCUGUUGCCCUGAAAGAAAGUAUGAGAAGCAUGACAGAAAGUUUCUAUGCAGCUAUUUUUGGAUAUGAUGAGGGAAUCUUGUCAGAUGAUCAUGUGCUUGCAGCAGCCAUCUGGAGAAAUCUGUUCAAUAAACACUGUGAUGAUCCAAGGCAGCUAGAAAUAAUGGUCGAAUACAUACGCAAACAGGUGCAGCAUCUGGAUGCUAUUCCUGGAGAAGACCUGCUGCUGUCUGGUGAAGUGUCUUGGCGCCCCCUUGAGGAAACAAAUGCGCAAAGCAUCGUGAAACCAGCAUUUCCAACAUAUAAUGACGAAGGACUAUAAAAUCUUCAUUAGCAAGCUUGAAAACGUUUUGCUGCUGAAUGUAUGUUAAGUCUAUAUGUGUAAAAAAUCCUGAAAGAGAUACUUGCCUCAUGCUGUGGGGCUCCCAAGAAAGAAAAUACAUUCUGUAGUUGCUAUUUAAAAGAGUGGUUAAAACUCUUCUACUUGUAAUGAUUUCUACCUUUAGAAAACCCGAAAAGCAUACUAUUUUGUUACUAUAUCUGUGGUUAAGUGCUGCUAGUUCAUUUGAGGAAUCCUUUGCAGUUGCAUUAUCCAGUAGUCCCAGCACGCUGGUUUUCAGAGGGAGCAUUCGUCUUUUGAGUGCAAACUAGUUUACCAAAGUGACAAGCAAUCUGCCUUUUGUCUGAUGAGAGAGGAUCAGCUACCCAAACGUGUCAUUCUCUCCUCUGGUAAGCACAAGCAUGGAUGUAAGCUGUUUGUGUCAGUAUUUUUGUACUAGUAUUCUGUCUGUCAGGACAAAUGAGAGAUUAGAAUUGUAAAGCUUGAAAAAUGGCGACUGUUUCUGAAAGGGCUCUGCAAAUUCCCAUCCAAGUUCAGAGUGAAGCUAAUAAAAAUGGGGGUUGGGAUGUAGCUUCUUUGCUUGCCUUUGUGGCACAGGAGAAGAGAAUGUUUCCUUUCUAUUAGUGACCCCAUAAGAGGCAGGACUUGGAGUAUGGCUAGAAACUACUUUCCAGGCUGCCAUUGUUGUCUUCCCAUUGUGUUCUGAAAAUUUUGCAGUAAGAGCAACCUUUCCUGUUUCAUGAGUCUGUUUUGCUCAGGUCGUCUCCCUAUAAAAUAGUGGUUCAGGAUCCUAUCUGGCUAAUAAUUUGACCAGAAUGAUCGUUCUGUAACCUGCUUAUCAAACAAUACCUUCAGUUAGAGUCAGCUAUGUGUUACAUAAAGAAGGCUAGUACAUUUUAGAAGCAAAACCAACUUUGUCUCUCUUGUAGUCAGAAUUGUAGCCUGAGAAACAAUCCUCUUGUUUUCCUUACCAUGUAUGCCUUUGUUGAGAAAUUGGAGAAUAGUUCUCCACAAAUUUAGGGUUGAGCCUAAUAAAUAUACUGAAAAAAUGUA